AUCAUCGAUAUAGCUCACUAUCACUAUCAUGACAUAGUUGUGUAAUAUCGCCGAAGCAACAGAUUGAGACUUUUUUCGGGCUCCGACUUUGAAACCCGACAGCAACGGAAGACCCACUUAUGCCGAGGAACAAAAGAGGGCGAUCAUCGCUCGCACUCACCCUGAGAUGAUGAACUUUAUCUCUUCAAGCUUUUGUGUCAGGACACAACCGAUAGCGACAGCGACGGGCUGAGACAUUCAUAAUCGGACGACAGGUGGAUCGUGGAUCUGUUGCAUCGCACAAAGCGACUUCGGUCAUUCUUUUCCCGUUCCUUGCCUCUUGCACAGCAGUGAGGCGAGAGCUCCGUCAUUUCAGCUUCUCGAACAUGUACAUAUAAUCGAGCAGGCAAGCAGCGAAUAGCUAAGUGAUCGAGGAAGGCGGCAAUGAGCUACUAAGCUGAUAGCGGUCUUUCAUAUUGCUCGAAGUGAAUUUCUCAACAAAACAUCACUCAUGGCACCUACGCUCGUAUCGCCUUCGACCGGAUCGGUCGAGUCUGUUCGGCUGAUAAUCGUCAUUCAGAUACCUAAAGACUUCCCUGGGGAUUUCCUGCCGAUUCUGACGAAAUACUUGCAAAAAAUCCGCGACGACACCGUUUGCUUCAUGGGUUCCGCUCGCCUUCGCCCCUUCGCCACGGACACUAUCUUAGUCGACAGCGACAGUCGGAUCCCGAAAGAGGUGGUGGAAGAUCACUUACAAAAGCACCUCAAUAUGGAUAUCGGACUGAUUACUCAAGACCAUCGGGAUGUACCAGGUUUCAUAAAGGGGGUUCUUCAAUACUCAGACAAACGGGCUCCGACAGGCCCAGGUCCUAGUGUAUUAGUGACCGUCCAUCCUUCUGACCGGGCUUCCCAUGGGAAGGUUUUACCCCCACAGGUCCCCGAUAUGUUGAUUGGUUUGCAGGGGUGCUUCAAGGUUCAUUACGCCCUGUGCAUCGAGAAUUACUUCAGAAGGUACUUCCGGGAUAGACUUCGAGCUGGCCCCAGCUUCUAUCGGGUCGAAGAAUCGGUAUCGCAUAUGGACUGCGACGAGAGUAACAGCGUGACCAUCCAAAGUUCAGGGAUCUCUCAUCUCGCUCCCGAGAUCCAGAUCAGCCAGACUGUUGGUUACACGGUUUCGCAAAAUGAGUCCGUCUCUCAGAUCAGGGCCGAUCAGCAUCAGUCGGAUCAGAUUCUGAUCGCCGAAUUUACCGGUGUUGAAGAUUUACGCAACAAAUUGGGAGGCACCCCUUGUCUCAGAUAUCACAUGAUGGACGGGAAAUGCGAGAUUGCGCGAUGCGACUAUCUACAUCAACAAAUCAAGUUCACUCCUGAAGCUGUGGAAGAUUACCGCACGCACCUUCGCGAGACCCCUUGCCGGCUUGGCGAAAAGUGCAACUUCUUGAGUUCUGGCACUUGCUGGUCGAAACACAGGUGUCCUGCUGGAACCGCCUGCAUAAACUCGGAAUGUCGAUAUGUCCAUCAAGGGGAAUACGCAUACCGACGCAUUCCCUUGCCGCCCGACGACCGGGACGCAAGCUGGGAUGAUGCCUCGUACAGUACACAAUUGAGAUCUCUAUUGUAUCAAGCCUGGGACUUGAAAACUCCGAUGAAGCCUUCUGGCUGCAAUGUCAUAGACAUUAUCGUCGAUUUCGUCCCCCUCGUCAGGGUAUUAUGGGACGUUUCCGGACUUAAAGCGGAAUCUAAGCUACCAAGAGGCCUGAUAGGUGCACAAGUCGACAAACACUGGUAUCCUCUCGGAGCCAAGAGAUAUGCCGAUUUCAAAACCUACACACAUGUGGCUGCUCAGCGUGGCUACGUCACUCUGGGACUAGAUAUCUCUGGCAAUGCGUGGAUUCAAUCCACCGGUAAGCUUGAGACGAUGUGCGGCAUUGAUCCUGAUCAGUAGUGAUUGUGACGCUUGAAUCACAAAGAUGCAAAUAUCGAAGUAUACGAUUUCGAUGGAUAUGAGUGCCCGCUUCUACAAGACUACGGUCGCUUGACAACCGACGGAUACGAACUCGCUGAGAGUCGAUGGAGUGUACUCUAAUGCUCUUCCAUAUGUUACCGACCUGCAUCUUUCACGAUGCUCUAUGCGUUG